UUGCAAAGUGCGGAGUUUCAAGAUCAAUCCGUGUGAAAAACAGAAAUAAUCACUGAAAAAUGCGUGUAAAUCUCCCCCAUAAAUGGUGUUUUGGUUUGUUAAGAAAGACAAAAUAUUAUUUGAAAAAAAUCCACUGGGACACACUGUGAAUUGACAAUUUUUUUUCCAGUCCAACAGAAUUUUUUCCCAGUCUGUGUCAGAGUAAAACACAAAUAAGUUGACUCACCUUGACCCAAACACGGAGACAGUCAGUUUCUUUCUACAGCAUUUUUUAUUGCUCUAAAAUAGACAGUGGUAUAAAUCAUUUCAUUGAGACAAGUCAUGAAGAUAAUGUUUUAGAGAAAUAUCGGCAGAUUGAUUAAAGUUGCAAAAAUUGUAGAUGAAAUUUGUGUGUUUAUAGACAUCUUGCAGGAAACAGUUUUGAGACAACAUAUAGCUGAAGAAGUGUUAGAUGUGGCUGUCUAAUCUAUACCACCAUUGUCCGACGUGCAAAAAAAACUUAUCAAAGUCACCAAAUUAAUCAGGAAAACCUUCCUAUUAUUGCUCGGUGUUAUCACCGAACUUACGCUGGUGACUCUGUGAUCGAUAAUCACCCCCCAAAAAAUGUACAGUCAAUGAGUUCCAUUCGACCAUACAACAUCGAUGACGAUUGCCUCGAGGAUCAGUAGAAAAAUCCCUGGGCAAAUCUUCAUCCUUCAGGCGAUCUUACAGCCCAGAGUUUUUUUUUUCUUGUGUGUGAUCAUCGUAUCUUAAAGUGAACAUCACCACUUAUGUUCUAUUCCGAGCUGUGAGUUAAGUGUGGAUAAAAAAGCAACGACUUGAAGGUGAAAAUGGCUUGUGGUGGUCUGCGUUGCUCAAUGCUCUUCAUUGGACUUUUUGCCCUGAUUCAGGGAAUUGGAUACCUGAUCAUGGGUAUUUUUGGCAUUUUAGCCCAUCAAUGUGACGUACAAAUGGACACCUCCCAGUUAAACUACCUAAUCUACCUGGCAUACUUCAGACACGCACAGUGUGGCGAAGUCAACUGGCCGCUACUGGGAAUUGAUCUUCCACCCGGUGUUGAGGUCAUCAAGCCCGAUGUGUCCGACGUAGCGCUCCGGAUGCAGAUCUUCAUCAAGAUCUACAUCGUCUUGAGCUCUGUCUGGAUUAUCACGUCCAUCAUGUUCAUUGCUGCCACAAGCUCAACCAGCUUCAGUCGGAACUUCCUCAGGUUCUUCUGCUAUGCCUUUGCCAUCACCUGUCUCCUUAACUUUAUCUUUGAUCUCAUUGCCUCAGGAUUUCAUAUCUCUGACAUCACAUGGACAACGACCCUGGAAUAUUUCCUGGAGUUCAUUCAAGUGGAGAACAGGGACGAAUUGAUGACGUACCUGCAGGAUGUCUCCAUUGUGGCUUUGCCCAUUCCCGCUGUUAUCAUGACGGUGGUUUCAUUCAGAGGCUUAAUAAUUGCCAUUAUUAAUUUUACUAUGAUGGUCAUUGUAUUUCUGUCCGUAAAGCGACUUGAGGAGAAGCUGCAGAAGAAGCCCCCAAAGGUUAUUAGAGCUCCAGAUUUUGGAUAUGAAAGACAAUAUCCACCAGGUGAAAUGGUUCAGAGGAGAACUGCUGAUCACAUUUCUCAAGGUCCCCUGCAUCAGUAUCAACAGCAUCCACCGCCACAGUCUCUGCAAAAGUCUUCUGCUCCAGUGCAGAAUCGCAGCAGAUACGAGGAUGUCAAUCCUCAUCCUUAUCAGUACGACAAUCACACAUAUCAAUCAGACAAUCAGUACAAUCAACCAGUUUCUGCGCUAAAAGCUCAGCCAGUACUUACCACAGAAAGGAGAUUCCUGGAGCCUCUAAAGGGAGGAGAAUCUGAGGGUUCUGCAUCCUCGAGGGCUUCACCUGUCCAUGAGACUUCUCGGGAUUCCUCCUAUGUGGGAUAUGGAAGGAUCCCAGCUAGAGAUAGCAGAAGACCAAAGGAGGAAGAUCCCCAUCCUGCCAUUCUGAGACACACAAAACCACCUUAUGGAGGAUCCCUCAGCCGAGAUGAGAAACCUGUCGUCAGGAAGACAUACUCCGAUGCCAACAGAUUCUCCCAGCAGCAAGUUCCUCCGGAGGAACUCAGAAGCCAGCUGCCUUGGUCAUACUUCCAGAGUCGCCAUGAAGUAAAGCGACCAAAGAAAAUCCAGGAACACAGCAAUGACGAGAUCCCUCCUCCAGUCCCGGUUCCAGACUACACUCUACACUUCCCCAAGAAGGGAAGGCAAGGUCCACCACCACCGCCGAAGCCAACCAAAGAGAGCAUUGAACGAUGGAGUGGACCUGAGGUACAUUAUUAAACUCCCCAAAAGAAUUCUUCUAAGAAUGUUGCUUAAAAGCAAAGUUUUUAAACUGAAAACAGCAAGAAGAAAUCAAUAAAUAUUUUGUGUGAUAAGAAA